AGACGUCCCGCAUCAAACUGGUACCAUACACAAGCGGCAACGGGGAAUCUCGUCAGAGAAAUUCCAAUUUAGCGAAUAACCCACAUCCCAUGUCCCAAUUCUGGGUUUGCACCGACAAGCAUCAUGUCUGUGUGCUCGAGUAGGGGAGGUUGUCGGUCAUCCCUCGUUUCACAUUUCCUCGAACUAUGACACCGUGGCCUUCGGCUUACAUAGGAGAGUGAAGUGAAGAAUGGGUGGGGAAAUUCUGGAAAAAUACUAAUGCUGACAGACAGGAACAGGAUCAGCUUUGAAACCGUUUUAAAUACCUUUAGUGGCACGGUUUCUGAGUCGAUGGCUCGACCUUUUGGUGCUCCUCAUCCCACCUCGUUUGUCGUUUGACAGGAGGAACCAUCUUAAUCCUGCUUAAACGCUGCAGCCCUACCGCUCGUUCGAUUUGUCUUCCGACCCAUCGCUGUCCAAACUCCCUCAGUAUAUCUGGCCUUUCCUCAGCCUACGCUCCUUUAACUAUUCUCUACAUUUCCCGUUUCUCUUGCCCUGACUUCUCAGGAAUCGAUAGGCUGUGCCUUUUCCGCCCAGUGUGUUUUCCUCGGAGCGAUUAUCUACUGUUACAUCCUCGCCAUCCGGCAUUCGUGUCCUACACAACCUUUAACUCUUCGGCGAAGAGCACCAAGAAUAAUGCGUGCACAACAUCCACAGCAGCUGUUUGCCGCGCUAAUCAUAUCUGUAUCCACAAUUGUAGACGCAAAGCAUUCAAUCUGCCCUAAUAAACCUAAUGAACUGGUACCCGACGGAUGUGCAUCUUAUUCAACAAUCGAGGAAUUAAACAAGAAGCUUUACCCACUUGUUAACGAUAUAACCCAAGAAACGGACUACUUUGGCUAUUACCGGCUCGAUCUAUUUGGCCGAAUAUGUCCAUUCUGGUCUGACGAUGAAGGAAUGUGCGGCAACAUCGCAUGUGCUGUAACGACGGUUGACGAGAAGAAUAUUCCUCCGAUAUGGCGAGCGGAAGAGCUUGGGAAGUUGGCAGGCCCUAAAGCAAGUCACCCAGCGACCAGACAGCCGGAUGAGCCAUCUCCAUUGGCUGGUGCAUUGGGCGAGGAGACCGAGGAGAGCUGUGUUGUUGAGGAGGACGAAUGCGAUGAGAGGGAUUACUGUUUACCUGAGGAUGAGUCGGCUGGUGGGAAGGGCGAUUACGUCAGUUUGACGGAGAAUCCAGAGAGGUUCACUGGGUACGCGGGAGUGGGAGCGGCGAACGUCUGGAAGGCGAUCUACCGGGAGAACUGCUUUUCGAAACCACGCGGGGAGAGCUCGCUUGGUUCUGCCGGGGGUUUUGUGGGGGCUGGGAAGCUUGAUCUCAACGAUCUGGAGGUUGACGAUGAGUGCUUGGAGAAGCGAGUCUUCCAUAGAGUUAUCUCGGGGAUGCACGCCAGUAUCUCAAUGCAUCUUUGCUGGGACUACCUUAACCAGUCCACUGGAGAGUGGUCGCCCAACCUUAGCUGUUUCGUCAACCGCUUCGAAAACUACCCCGAGCGCCUUCAGAACAUCUAUUUCAACUACGCUCUACUAGCUCGCGCCAUCGCAAAACUCAGGAACUAUCUACCGACCUAUACCUUCUGCUCGGGUGACUAUUAUCAGAACCGCAUUACUAAGUCUAAGGUCGUCAAAUUGGCCAAUACCGCUGCCUCUACCACCCCACAAAUCUUUGACGAGUCAUUGAUGUUUAGAGAUGAGAUGGUUGGACUAAAAGAAGAGUUUAGAAACCGCUUUAGAAAUGUUAGCCGAUUGAUGGACUGCGUCGGAUGCGACAAGUGCCGACUUUGGGGAAAGGUUCAGACUCAGGGGUACGGAACUGCUUUGAAAAUCCUCUUUGAGUUUGACGAGAGCAAGAACGCCAAUGGCAACCCAGUCCUACGAAGAACAGAAAUGGUUGCGCUGUUCAAUACUUUCGGCAGGGUAUCGCACUCAUUGCGUGCACUGGAAGGGUUCAAUCGAAUGCUAGAUGGGAAGGAUGAAGCAGACAACAACAAGAUAUCUGCGAAGGCCUCGGAAGAUAAGGAGACGAAAGGCAAGCCUGAGAAGAAGGAAAAGAUGAAGGUUGAGAAAUCCAAAGAUACACCUGGCGCCCCCGAAGAAGAAAAACAGGAUGAGCUCCCAAAGGAUCAGACUCUGGGUGAGGAAUUUUGGCAAGAGGUUGGCCUCGUCUGGAAGACAUUCCUGUUUGUCAUCAAGAGUUGGUACAACAUUCCCAGAUACAUAUUCAUAAUCGCAUACUCAGAAGUCGCCCAACGGUUCGACAUGCUCAUGGGAAGACCAGUACGAGACGGACUGUACACAUGGGCCGACUUGAACCACCCCCGAGCCGAACUCUAGAACAAAGAGGCAAAGGGCCUUAUAUAUACCCGUCGCCCAUUUGGUCACAUAUGCUUCCCCCUUUUUCACCAUCCCCUUAUAUGUAUGGUUUUCUUAUAUCUUGCUCCCUCCUUCUUUCCUUGUAUCUUGUCUGGAGUUUAGGGUUUUAGAUAUUCCCCCACCUUGAAACGCUGUUAUUAGAAUGGCACCACACACACGCGCGCGCUAUAGUUUUACCAUAAACCUUGGUGAUUUUUUUUUUUUUUAGUAACCCAGCCUAUACCUUUGCGAAUAUCAUUGGAGGGGGAGUUAGUGUGUAUGGUGUGUUAGUUGAGAAGGUAGAUAUUAUCUUUCUAUCGUACUCGUGUUUGCCUGAUCACCUCACUGAAGGAUCAUUAUAUCGUGAUUAUUGUUGAAACAUGCUUCUGAUACUACUAUGGUAUCACGCUACGAUAGACUUUUUCCUUUACAUCAAACUCUAUCACUGGUCUACCCCUAAUAAUACCCCCUUGCUUCUUUCUCCCUUUUUCUUUCCUCUGUCAUUGUUAUUGUUCACUCGACCUUUUGUGUCUCGCUCUCAGCAGUAGAUAGUCAGGGUCUUUUGCUCUUCCUGUUGAGAUAGUCAAGCGUUUGAGUCUCUCAAGCAAUCA